AUGGAGUAUAUAGACGGCGUAAAAAUAACAGACAAAGAGGGGCUGAUGAGACACGGCAUCUGCUGCUUCUGCUGCUGCAGCAACUGCAGCAGCAGCAGCAGCAGCAGCAGCAGCAGCAGCAGUAGGUGCAGCAGCAGCAGAAACAAACUUAUAAACCUUAUUCUUACUGCUUUUAGUGAUAUGCUGCUGCUGCAUGGAUUCGUUCAUUGCGACCCACACCCAGGCAACCUACUCGUACGCAAAAUACCCAAAAAGCAGCAGCAGCAGCAGCAGCAGCAGCAGCAGCAGCAGCAAGAGGAACAGCACCAGCAGCAGCAGCAGCAGCAGCAACAGCAGCAGCAGCAGCAGCAGCAGGACUGCUGCUGCAUGGAUUCGUUCAUUGCGACCCACACCCAGGCAACCUACUCGUACGCAAAAUACCCAAGAAGCAGCAGCAGCAGCAGCAGCAGCAGCAGCAGCAGCAGCAGCAGCAGCAGCAGCAAGAGGAACAGCACCAGCAGCAGCAGCAGCAGACUGCAUGGAUUCGUUCAUUGCGACCCACACCCAGGCAACCUACUCGUACGCAAAAUACCCAAAAAGCACCAGCAGCAGCAGCAGCAGCAGCAGCAGCAGCAGCAGCAGCAAGAGGAACACCAGCAGCACCAGCAGCAGCAGCAGCAGCAGCAGCAGCAGCAGCAGCAGCAGCAGCAGGGAGGAGUUGAAAAGGGCCCGCAAGAUGCAACGCGUUGCGUCUGUCCUUUCCGCAACCACAACAGCAGCAGCAACAGCAGCAGCAGCAGCAGCAGCAGCAGCAGCAGGGAUGAUGAUGAGUUGCAGCUAGUGAUCCUCGACCACGGUAUGUACAGGAGACUGUCUCCUUCUUUUCGUUUGUCUUUUGCAGCAGGGAGGAGUUGA